CAUAUGGAGAAUGAAGAAGCCGGUAGAAACGCGAUUCAAAAUUUAAACGGAACUCCAGUCCAUGGUCAGCCGAUAAAAUGCGAGGCCGCUAAAGAUAAUACGAAAGCUCCACAAGUCCAGGAGCUAUUUGCUAAGUACGGUACUGUCGUCGAGUGUGACAUCGUACGGAAUUAUGGAUUUGUGCAUCUGGAGGCUUCGAGUGAUGUAAACGACGCUAUCAAGGAGCUCAAUGGUCAGAUGGUCGACGGACAGCCCAUGAAAAACCAGAUAUCUACCAGUCGGGUCAGACAGAGGCCGGGUAUGGGCGACCCGGAGCAAUGCUACUGCUGCGGACGCGGCGGUCACUGGUCCAAAGAGUGUUCCAAGGGUGGUAUGGGUGGAGGUCCUGAUAGAAACGGUUUCCGAGACAGGAUGUUUGGUCGCGAUCCUUACCCACCACUUCCACAGCCUCCAUUUUUCAGAGACCGUAUUAUGGGUGGUCGUGGAUUCGGCGAGUAUGAUAGUUACUACGACCGGCGAGGAUUCAAUGACUCCCGGGAUAUGCACGAGAGAAAAUUCACCGGAAUAUCCGGACCUCGCGAUAUGGACAGCUCGAUGAUAGGAUGGGAUUUCCCACCAAUGUCCAUGCCUCCAUUACCCGCAAGACGCGAUCCGAUGCCACCUAUGCCUGCUCUAGGUAUGGGUACCAUGUGUGACAGCGGUUUCUCCCGUGGUAAUGAUUACCGUAUGUUCAGCAGACGUUCACCACCUCCUAGUGGUAACAAUGGACGAUUCAGCAAACCGGGAAUCCGUGGACCAUCGCCGUCGCGCCGAUUCGCACCCUACUAAAGAUAGUCGUCGUGAUCGGAUGAUCGGUGAUGAUCUCGGUCUGUUGCCGUCGUCGGUUUCAGUCUGACUAUGAUUCUGAUAGUAACUCUAUGCCAUUAAUCGUCAGAUAACCAAACAAUCAAUCAAUCAAUCUAUGAGACUCAAUGAGUGAUCGAGACAUCUGUUGUGUCCGAUCGUCUGUGCCUACGUCGUUGUUGUCUACUGCGUCGUCGUCGUCGUCUAAGUUGUCCUUUUGUCCUCGUCUUGGUCGCCGUCAUCCGCACACCCGUUGCACAGAUUAUGCAGGAAGCCCUCGGGAUUCCGUGAUGAUACAACGAAUAUUAAUAAUAAUUAUUAUCAGUAUGAUUUUUAAGAAAUAAUAAUAAUAAUCAUUUAACUAAAACACAUUGACCGUCACGCGCGAAGAUCACUUUCAAAAUUACCCAGGAUUAUUUAAUCAGUUUAAAGUUUAUCAAGAAAUAAAUUAAAUUCAAAUGGAUUCACGAUUCACAUUUUUUUUUUAAAUAUAUAUAUAUAAUAAUAAUAAUAAUAUACUGAUCAAUACAUAGAUAUAUGUAUAUGAACAAGUGCCGUUGGUAUGCUAACUGGAUUAAAACAAAUGCGAUAAUUAAUAAAAAAGGAAAAGCAAAAAAUUAAUACAUUAACAAUUUUAGAAUAAAUUAUAACUGCGUGUAAUUAUUUCUAUAAAUUAGAUAAGGACUAAGGAUGAUUAUUAAUAAUGAUACUAAUU